AUGAAUGAAAAUUUACGAAGACCAUGUGCAAUGCUUCAAACAAACCUACAACGGCAUUUCUUAUUUUUUGAUAAAUUUCGAUCGUUUACUGUAUUCUUCCUCUGCUUUAUACUUAUUGGAUCUCAUAACUGUUUUAUUGUCAGUGCGGCAGAUACAAAUUAUCAACUAAGAUAUAAUUUUAAAAGAUAUCAUAGUUCUUCUGGUGGAACUACUCAACAUAUUUUUACUAAAUCUCGUUCUCAUUUAUUAGAUAAAUCUAGUCAUCCAUUAUCUAAUGUGUCUGCUGAAUCUGUAGCUAAUUUAUCCCUGACUACUCAAACAGUACCUACCGUUAGGGAUUUUAGUACUGACUCUAAGGGUGACAGUUCAGCAAGUGGAAGAAGUCGAAGCCUUCAGGUGCAGUUAGAUGCUUCUUCCAGGACCAAUCACGACAGGUCUGAAAACAUAUCACCUAAUUAUAGUGCCUCCUCAGAUUCCAACAUUUCGUCUCCAAAAUUUGUACCUUAUGAACAGCCAAACGGGAUACCGUACCUCUCUAAAGCAAACUCUGCUGGUCGACGUUUUCUAUCCUUGUUAAAACGAGAAGAUCAAUCCAAACAGUUGCAGCAGGAGCUGCAGAAUUCUCCGGAUGCUGGAAAUGAAAAGCGGUAUAACAAGCGUCAUCCUGAUAAAAUUAACAGUGAUCCUACGCCGCAAUCAGCUUCUCAUGGAUGUUUGGAUGGGAAAUGUCAAGUAAAAAAGUCAUCGGCAAAAUUUUCAACUGUAGAUGACAGUAAUAAAUCACCACCUUUAGUAAUUAUUAGCUCGGACUAUGGUGGUGAAACUCAUGCUGAAGCUUUACCAAACGUUGGCGUAUCCGGGGCUUUUAGGGGGUCUACUAGUGUCAACAGUUAUAACAGUGCAGAUGCUAGAGGCUCUCGUCCCUAUGCAUCAUCACGAUAUGGUGAUCGGCCGUACGGUUUACGCCAGCCUUACCGUACCUAUAAUAGGAAUCGGUAUUCCGAUCAGUUUCGAGGAAGAACUGGUGGAGUGCAGUACGAGUCUGCUGCAACAACAUCAGAAAAGUCAUAUUCAGAUGAUGCAGCUAUUGGCUCUUCCUCUACUUUAGCGGAAUGGAAGUCAAAAAUAAGAGGUAAAUCAGAUGCAACUGUUCAACCUUCAUCAGUGCUGUCAUCAUCUCGUCAGGUUGCCUCUUCGGGUCGUCGUAAAUGCAUUUCUUCUGCACUAAAUGGUCAAAAGAUCGCUAAUUCUGGUAAUUCAGAAAGUGAUACAGUUAUUUGCAGUGAUACUGAUACAGUUUCUGACAAAUCUUCCGCCACUGUUUCUGAAUAUACACGUGAAGGAAAUCUGGAGAGUAAGGUGAGCUAA